UUUUUCUUAACCGUGUAUAAUUAAACAAUCCAAAUAAAAACAGACAACGCAUCACAAAUAUGUUAACAGUAACAUGGUAGUUAAAUUUGAAUAACGAGAUUAAUAUACUACAUCUAGAUCAUAAAACAUAAAAAUACAGGUUUUCCAGAUCCACAAUGAAGGGACCGACGUAUGAACGGGUCUUCGUAACUGUUGGGACCACGCAAUUCGAAGACCUGAUUAAUGCCGUGAAUGACGCCGCGGUCGUCGCCGAGCUUCGCCGGAUGGGCUGCAGAAAAUUGGUUCUUCAGAUAGGCCGUGGCAGGGAUCCAAAAAUAGUGCCCGAUCUGUAUGGAAAUGACAUUGAAGUACAAUUCUACGAUCUCAAAAGCAGCAUAGCCGAGGAUAUCGAACAGGCGGAUUUGGUAAUCAGCCAUGCCGGUGCCGGUAGCUGCAUAGAAGUGCUGGGCGCUGGGAAGCCUCUGCUGGUGGUGGUGAACGAAACGUUGAUGGACAACCAUCAAACGGAACUGGCGGAUCAACUGUUCAAGGAGGGUCAUCUAAAGUACUGUACGCCAUCAACUUUGGCACAAACGCUGGCGGAGGGUGGAUUCAAUAGGCUGAAGAAAUUUCCACCAGGAUCGGCAAAAGAAUUUGUUAGUUAUUUGGAUGCAUUUAUGGGAUUUUAGUUUUUGUAUAUUUUGUUCAUAAAUAUAAAAUUAUUAUUAAUAUCAAUUAAA